AUUUAAAUUUCACGAUACAGUGACAGUUGUGACGUGUUGUACAACAAAAACAAAACAGUAAUAGGCAUUUAAAUAUACCAUUCAAAAACUGUUAUUCGUUGUCUUUCGCAAUGGUAAGUUGUUUUUAGUGUGCUCAACAUGGGGCAGUUCAUAUUUUGAGAAGCCAAAACUCAGACAUGUUUUGAUCCGUCUCAAUUUACAGAUCCUGAUUUCACUUUUACAAUAAGAGAGGCCACUUUGUGUGGGGGCGGGUUUCUCGUGUACCUUCUUCCUGACGUUGCUAUCACUUGGUAUACCUACAUCUAUCAUUACAGCUGUCUUCCUUUUCUUGUCCACCACCACUAUAUCUCUGGUUGGUUAGCCAUGAGCAGAUGGUCAAGCAGAAAAAUAAAACGAACAAACAAACAAAACCCCCAAAACAUGAUUUUCAGAUUAAAUGACCCACGUGCAAACCAAAGAUGUCUAUGGUUAUGACACAUACUUCUGUGGACAUUAAGAGAAGAAUAGCAUUCUCCUUUAUUGACACAUGCACUGACAUAUUUAGCGUUCCUUAACCGUUACUGUCCUUGUAGCAAUAAAUCGCUUAAUAAACGUGUAAAUAUAUAAAUGUAUUUUACAUAACCAAAAACUGUUUUCUGUUAAGUCAUUUAAACCCAUUUCAACAGUUAUGCCAUGAUUUUCUAGGAGUCGGUGAGUGACAUAAAAGCUAAAGGGCAUUUUUUAACAGCUACAAGCGCACAAAACACCGAGGCUUGACUGCAGCUGGUAAAAACUCCAAUCCAAUAAGCCUCAAGCUGUCAAAGCUUACACAGACAGCAGGAUGUCUGUUUUUACGCUGUUUUGUUGGAAUAAACUACGGUUGAGACCACAGAACAUAAGGAAUCUUCUGCACAAGAAUGCCGGUGUUUGUCCGAAUCAGGAGUCUAGGCACCACAGCUCUGGACGGCAACAAAGAAGGAGGGUUGUUAUCACAGGAAUAGGGUUAGUUUGUCCUCUAGGCACGGGCACUGCUCUGUCCUGGGACCGUCUGAUCAAAGGUCAGAGUGGGGUAGUUCCCCUGGACUCAGAAGAGUACAGGACUCUCCCCUGUAGAGUGGCAGCUCUGGUACCCAGAGGAACCAAGGAGGGUCAGUUUGAAGAGGAAACAUUUGCUUCUCGUAAGGAGAUCAGUAGCAUGUCAUCAGCAACCGUAAUGGCCCUUGGAGCUACUCAGCUGGCCCUGGAGGAUGCAGGCUGGUGUCCCAAAAGCCCGGAGGAGCAGCUCAGCACAGGGGUGGCUGUUGGGAUGGGCAUGGUGUCGCUGGACGAAAUCGCUCGUACCUCCUCCCUCUUCCAAGAGAAGGGGUACAACAAAGUGAGUCCAUUCUUUGUGCCACGCAUCCUUGUCAACAUGGCUGCUGGACACAUAAGCAUCAAACACAAACUAAAGGGUCCCAAUCAUGCCGUGUCCACAGCUUGCACCACAGGUGCACAUGCCGUAGGUGAUGCAGCCAGGUUCAUCGCUCACGGGGAUGCAGUUGCUAUGGUUGCAGGGGGUACAGAAUCCUGUGUGGGGCCACUUUCUUUAGCUGGCUUUGCUAGGGCCCGUGCCCUCGCAACCAAAUGGAAUAACAACCCUACACUGGCAUCAAGGCCUUUUCAUCCAGAAAGAGAAGGUUUUGUGAUGGGAGAGGGGGCAGCUGUGCUCCUGCUGGAGGAUCUGAACCAUGCAGUGAGUAGAGGAGCCCGGAUCUACGCAGAGGUCUUGGGUUAUGGGCUCUCAGGGGACGCGACUCACAUAACUGCUCCUACUGUGGAUGGUGAUGGGGCAUUCAGGUGCAUGUCUGCAGCCUUAAAAGAUGCAGAUGUCUCUCUGGCUGAUGUCACAUAUAUAAAUGCUCACGCCACAUCAACGCCUUUGGGAGACGCAGCAGAAAAUGCAGCCAUCAAGAGACUUUUCCAGCAAAGUGCUAGCAUCCUGGCUGUGUCCUCUACCAAGGGGGCCACAGGACAUCUGCUCGGGGCUGCUGGGGCUCUGGAGGCAGCUUUCACCGCUCUGGCCUGUUACCACAAAGUCCUGCCCCCAACCCUUAACCUGGACAGAACAGAGCCCGAGUUCGACUUGAAUUACGUUCCCUGCACAGCGCAGCAAUGGCAGACUCGGGGUCGACGGGUAGCCCUCACAAAUUCAUUUGGCUUCGGCGGCACCAAUGCCUCACUGUGUCUCGGCAGCAUCUGAGGACACACUGGGAAGUUCUUCUCAUUGAUCAGAUCACAUCCAGGCAAGAAAUAUUUAGUAACAGACUGGUGAUGUUGGCUGUUCCUAUGAAAUAAUUUCUAUGGAACUUUUUCCACACUAGUUUGCAACAAUCUGUCCUGGAUUUUUAUGGAAGGACAUCAUUUGGAAUUUGUUCCGUGUGUGUGCGUGUGCGUGUGUGUGUGUGUGUGUGUGUGUGUGUGUGUGUGCGCGCGUGUGCAUGUGUGUGCGUGUGUGUGUCUGUGUGGUUUCUUGAUCUGAUAUUCAAAUGAUGUUUUUGUGCACCUGUAUUAGGUACACCUAUGUAUCUAUAAUAACUCAGCAAUAAAUUUGAGUACAUUUAAAUAUUUUGUUGAUGUUACCAGGGGAUGACGAUUGUACUUUAUAGUUAUUAUUGAAAUAAUAAUAGUGAUAGUGUGCAACUAUAUAUACUACAACUGAGUAUAUUCAAAACACACACAGAGAAUGUAAUUUGGCUAGGCCUUAUGAGUUCUACUGAAUCUCUAAACAUUUCCUGGUUCACAGGUUUUAGUCUCAUGCUAAAGGAGAACGUUUUCAUUGGGCAGACGGCUGGACAAACACAACCCUAACAACCAGGGCUCUAUACUACGAAGCAAAUUCAUUCUACCCAGGUUAUCUAUCUGUCACCGUUAUGUGGAUUGAUAUACCCUAAAACUGGCGAUCAGGAUAAGUGCUCGCCCAUACACAGGGAGAACAUGCAAACUCCACACAGGGAGGCCCCGGCCCGAUGACCCCGCCACUGCUUAUUCUUUCAUGAUUUAUAUUUUUAAAAAGUAGUUAUUACUAAAAUGAAUUUAUUAGUUUGAACUAUUCAGCUGUAAUGUGCAGUUCACUGAUCACAUGCAGCGAUCAAGUGGAGAUUAUAUUAAGUUUCAGUAAGGAAGGGGCGGGGCUUCUUUAAAAUUCUACCAAGAAACCAGUUUGAACUGAGCUGAGUUCAAACAGGAGUUCAAACCAAGUUCUGUGCCAUGUCUGCCUGUCCUGGACUUGACGAGUCCUAACGAAGACAGUGUUUACAUGCCUAAAAAAUGAUUGUUUUUGAACCAAGGUUACAAACCCAACCCAACUGUGAGAAACCAUGCCUGAUUGGUCUGAUUCCUCCUGCUCUCUAUUUUCCAUUAAACGCUGUUUUGAUGUCCACGUUCCAGAGACUGUAGCCAAAUAUGUUGUAGAUGGAAAUGGUGUUGUGAAAUAGUACUGUGACAUUUAUGAGGAACACUCCUCAAUGUUUUAAAAACAACACAGAAUGUGUGAAGUUUUGACACAAGUGCUGCAUCAGCUCCAUCUCUGUUUGAGGGAUUCAAUUCACAAAGUUAAUAUCUGGCAAACUUUCCGACUUUCUGGAUUCUUUAAAUGUGCAAAACCCAAUCAUUUCUACAAUUUACCAUAUUUAUAUUACGAUAAUCAUGUCCAGACAACACAUGAAUGUCAUUUUAAAAAAGCAUCAGUUGUCACCAUAGUGACUUCAGCGUUCAACACAUGUGAGCUGCUUGCAAACAGGAAAACAUUUGAGCAUCCAAGUUUGUACUUUGGGUUUAAAUAGAGCUCACUAGUGUCAAAUCUUGUAAUAAAAUACAAAGGCUUAAAAUAGUUUUAGCCAUUGUAUUAUUCUUCUGUUAUUUGCACUGCAUAGACAUAAAAAUGGUCCUCAAAGUACUUGACUCUCAGAGUCCUCACAAAUAUGUAGACUCAUUAACUGACUGAAUGACUUCACUAAACAGCUCUUCCCACGGUCUCCAUAACUGAUUAAUGAGUUUGCUGUUAAUGUUUUGAUGGUGGCAGGAUCGAGGGUUAGAGUGGGAUUUGGUAGGUGUUUCUCAGCUGUAGCAGUGCAGCGUGGGUAAAGGGAACUGUCAGAAAUAAGUCUCAUAACUUGUUGUUGUUGUUGUUACAAGGAUUGAACUGAUCAUAUUUACGUAAAAAUCCACAGCAUCUAUAGACGAUGAUCUGAGUACUUGUAACACUGCACAAAGCAAAGGUCACGAUCACACUGUUCAUGAAGUGCUGGGUUUGUCCAUCUUCCGAGUCCUGCUUGAUCCCUGCAAUUAGCUUCAGUCUUCCUGAUGUUUCUUAAGUAGCAUGUAUGUAGACACACACACACACACACACACACACACUUAUGUCUCUCUCAGUGGGUCAACAGAACAUCUGGCACAGCACAGCUGUAAUGAAAGAAUGGGAGGACGUUUCUCCAAACCUCUGGAUACACUGAAAAAAGGGGAUUGUGUAACUAUAUAGUGUAGAAACUACAUGAUAUGCAGAGAGGGUAGAUUAAAUUGCUCAUAUCAUGUUCGAGUGAAGUAAGUCAAUAAUAUAGCAAUGUUAAAUCUCGUGACACCGCACGUGAUUUCGUUGUAAAUCCAUGCAAUUUUUAUGUUAAUCAGACUCUAGACUUUGUUGAACGUUAUGUAAUAUGACGACAACAUGUAGUAUUCAAGUGACCAAGUAGUAUCGGGGUGAAAGUUAUUGAAUAGUGUUGGAAUAAAGUGACAAAAUUAAAAUAUUCCAAGAGCUCUCUGCAUAUCAUGUAGCUUCUACACUAUAUAAUUACACUUAACUUUAAAGCUCGAGGCAAUUGUGUUAAAUACAUGCAAGAUGCUUACAUAAAUCCAAGAGAUGGACAAUCCCUUUUUUCAGUGCUGUAGAGCGCUCUGUGAGUGGAUAUAAAACUGUUUAAAUUUUCCUCUCUUAUGUUAAAAUCUCAAAGGUCGACAUUUAAUUUCCAGAUAAUUCUGAUAUGAAGUGUAAAUGUGGGCCUCUGUGGAGUGUACAGCUGAUGUCAUCUCUGUGUAAAAUAGGGUAACAGAAUUAGUGUAUGCUAACAGCUAAUCUAACAAAUGAACAGAAUGCUACAGAGUGAUGUUAGACGUCGUGCAGAACUAUAAGAUGUUAAGCUAUGUGUCAUUUUAA